UUCUGUUACGAGAAAUUUAAGCCAGUUGAAAUGGUUGCUGCCUGUCUUUGCCCCUUGAGGCUUUUCAGAAUUCAUUUUGGUUUUAAAGACUGGGCCAUUGGAGACUUGUCUCUUUGUGCAGACUGGAUGGAGGAAUUUCUUUGAGAAAAAAAGCCAGAAUCCAUGCUGCCACCUUUAAAUCUUUCAAAAUACUGAAAGCCUAACAGUAUUUAUUAUCGCUGUUGUGGAGAAUAAUAAAUGGUGCUGAUGGCUGCAGUUUUCUUUUGGCCAGCAGUAACCUUACUUCACCUGGCUUAGUUGUACUUACCUCAUUCCAAGAAAGAGCCUGUAAACCUCACUAACCAUCUACCUGUAUCCAAAGACAUUUCUGCUUAGAUUGCACUAAACAGGUCAUCUUCUAAUGGAUAUUUACUCCCAAACUGCUGAGUCAGCUUCUUUGCAACUUCUCUGACUUUUUUUCUUUAAACUUCGGUCCCUCAUCAAGCUAAUUUGACAAUGAGCCAAGCCAGCUGUGAGGUACAUGUCGGUGCCAGCCAGCAGGCUUUGUGUCCCACUUGUGGCCAGCCACACUCCACAGAGGAAAACCACUCUUACAGCUAUCAGGAUGAAGUAGAUGAUGACCUCAUCUGCCACAUUUGCUUACAGCCUCUAAUUCAGCCUCUUGACACUCCUUGUGGACAUACUUACUGCACACUGUGCCUUACAAACUUCUUACUGGAGAAAGACUUUUGCCCUGUGGACAGAGUACCUCUAAAGUUGCAGACAUGCAAGAAGUCCAGUAUCUUGGUCAACAACCUGCUGGACAAACUCUUAGUCACUUGCCCCUUACUUGAGCACUGCUCGGAUAUCCUGCCAAGAUGUGAUCUACAGCCACAUUUGGUCAAUCGGUGUAAAGGAGCAUCACAUUAUGGCCUCUCAGGGGAUAGAAAACGACGCUCACAAGAUGGAGACUGCACCGACUGCACCUCCGAGCUCACUGUAGCCACCAUGCCCUCUGAGAUGCCUGCCUGUGCAACUGUAGCCUUAUUGACUGAUGACCCAGGCCUUGUCAACCCUGCCUUUGACCCCAGUGUGGAAGACAACCAAUCGGGCAGCAAUGCUGCCCUUCUUAGCCGGUCUGCCACCAAAAAAAUAAGAAACUUUGAUCGGUCCACUGUGAGAAGCAGAUCUUUCAGACGACUGAAUAGAGCAUUAAGUGUUCUCAGGAGGACCAAAAGUGGGACAGCGGUGGUCAAUGAGAGUGCUGAAGAAAGGGAUAAUCUGAGGAACGCAAAUGCUCCCCAGGAAGUUUUAGCACUUCCACAGUUGCAUCAUUUGAUCCCUGAUGGUGAAAUUACAAGUAUCAAGAUAAACCGCUCUGACCCCAGAGAAGCCUUGGCAAUCAGCAUUGUGGGUGGAAAUGAGACCCCCUUAAUCCGUAUCCUUAUUCAAGAUGUUUACCAAGAAGGGGUCAUUGCUAGAGAUGGGAGACUGUUGCCUGGAGAUACAAUACUGAAGGUAAAUGGCAUUGACAUUAGCAAUGUGCCUCACUGCUAUGCCUUGGCGGUGCUCAAACAGCCUUGCCAGCUCCUGAGGCUGACAGUACUUCGAGAGCAGAAGUACCGGUACCGCAACAGUGGAUUCUCCUACUAUGACAGCUCCUGCGUUCGAGGAGAGAGCUUCCACGUCGUUCUGACCAAGAGCUGUCCAGAGGAGCAGCUAGGGAUUAAGCUUGUUCGGAGACCUGAUGAAUAUGGAGUGUUUAUUUUCAACUUACUAGAGGGUGGACUGGCUUCACGAGAUGGUCAGCUUCUGGUGAACGAUAGGGUGCUGGCCAUCAAUGGACAUGACUUGAGACAUGGAACUCCAGAACAUGCCGCUUUGCUAAUUCAGGCAAGCGAGGAGCGGGUUCACUUUAUAGUUUCCAGGCAGACUCGAGAGCUGACCCCUGACAUCCUACAGGAAGCCCAUUGGAGCAUGAAUGGCAACCUGCCGCCUUACCCUGCUGAAGACUAUGACAAUGCUGGAAAGAGCACUCAUCACAGCGUGACCUACCGUGAAAAGGUAGUCAGUCUGAAUAAAGAGUCACAUGAGUCGCUGGGUAUGACAGUUGCAGGUGGCAUGUCAAUCCAUGGUACACAUUUGCCUAUUUACGUUACUAGUGUGGAUCCUGAUGGAGUUGUGGGAAUGGAUGGUCAAAUAAAAAAAGGUGACAUUCUCCUGAGUGUCAAUGGCCUUGGAUUGACUGGAGUCACACGCAGCGAAGCAGUGGCCAACUUGAAGAACACGUCUUCACCAGUGGUUAUCAAAGCUCUAGAACUGAAUAACUGGGAGCACAAUGAAGCAUAUGGCCACAUGCCUUCAGAUUCCAAUGAGAACCACACAGUGAGUGACGACUGGACCCCUCCCUGGAUCAUGUGGAUCCAACUUCCAAGAUACCUUUACUGUUGCAAGGAUAUCGUACUACGAAGAAGUACUUCUGGGAGCCUUGGAUUUAGUAUUGUCGGAGGAUAUUCAGAAAUGAAUGGCAGUCAAAUCUUUUUUAUUAGGUCUGUUGUAGAAGGGACCCCGGCCUACAAUGAUGGCAGAAUAAGGUGUGGCGACAUGUUGCUGGAAGUGAAUGGGAAAAGUACAUCAGAAAUGACUCACAGCUCGCUUGUGAGAAUGUUGAAGGAACUAAGAGGACGAAUCACAUUGACAAUUGUGUCCUGGCCAGGCAGUCUGCUAUAAACAGCGGAAAAAAAACCAUCAGUUUAAGAUAUUGGAAAUUCUACCUGGGUUAGCUUCAAAAACCCAAAGAACAGUUUACAUUUCCUUGUGUGUGCAGUUCUCCCAAAAGGUUAUAAAAACAAUCUUAAUGUGACUGCCUCCCAAAGAAACAAAAUGCAACCAACAAAACAGAUUCUGCAGCCUUUGAGGAACUAACGCUAUCUAACAUUCAGAUGAAAGACUGGGAUACACUAUAUAUUGCCAAUUAAAAUCUACGUUGUUAGAGUAUGUACUUACAUGGACUCAUUUAUAUAAAUGUUGCUAUGUGAAAUUGUUUCAAGUGCUGGCAUUUGUUUAAUGGAGAGGAAUAGGGUCAUCUCAAAAUUGCUCUUCUAAUAUUAUAAAAACCAGUAUUUGGCAUAUAAACUCUUUUCUUUUCCAUCAGGGUUGCAACAUUGUUCUACAAACUAUUAAAUGUGUUCAUAAUAAUAUGUGGAGAAAAUAGUUAUGAUGGAGGCCUUACUACUUUUCAUACUAAGAAUGAAAACAUUUCUCUGCCAUGUAUUUGUGGACGUCAGCAGUAGGAGAAUUAUUUAUCUUGGUCUGUCUUUUCCAAUUGUUUUACAUGCUCAAACUUGUGUAAUAUCACAUGGUAUCUUUGGUAAAUACAAAUAAAAAACUUUAAAAGAAA